UCGGGAAAACGGCAAACAAAACUAAAGGUCAACGUAGUUGGUGGUCGUUACGUGCAUCUGACUCACCAGAUUGCGAAGAAGCUUCCAGCUUGAAGCAUCAGAACGAUUUCAAUAUUUGCUCUCUGAUCUCUUAAUUUUUGCUCGAUUCUCCCCAAAAAUUUCAAUCUUUUCGGAAAACCCAGCUCCAAGAUGCAUGAUUUUUGCUUCACUAUUCCAUACGGGCUGCUUCUGGUGUUAGGUGGCGUCAUCGGGUACGCCAAGAAAGGCAGCACUGCGUCACUGGCUGGGGGUCUCGGCACUGGUUUGCUGCUUGUCCUCGCCGGUUAUCUCAGCCUCCAAGCUUUCCAUAAACACAAAAACUCUUACUUCGCUUUGAUUCUUGAAACGGCUGUUGCUGCCAUACUGACAUGGAUCAUGGGACAGCGAUACAUGCAAACUGGAAAGAUAAUGCCACCUGGUAUUGUUGCUGGAAUAAGCCUCGCCAUGACUGUGUUUUAUAUUUACAAAAUUGCCACUGGAGGGAACCAUAUUCCACCGAAGACUGAGUAAUAGCAUUGACAGUUUCUCCUACACAGAUGAUUCAUGCUCUGUUUCUAUGAAAACAUGCCAAACUACAUGGAUUUGUCAAGGUUGCUGGUUGGCAUUUUA